AUGAAAAUUACUGAUACAUUUUUUCAAAAUAAUUUAACUAUAAAUAAGCAUAUUUAUAAAAAUGAAAUAUAUUUUAAUAUUAUUCAAAUAUUUAACUAUACAAAAAUUUUAGAAUUAUUUAAAGAAAUAAACGAAUCAUUAGGUAAUUGUAGAGAAAUUUCCAAGAAUUUACAACUAAAAACUCAUAUUCCAAUAAAAAAUAUUUCUUUAAUUGAUUCAAAAACAAUUAUAAAUAAAAUAAAUGAAACUUAUUCAGAAAUUAAAAUUUUAUUAGAAAGUACAAUACAAAUUAAUAAUAAUAAUAAUAAUAAUAAUAAUAAUAAUAAUAAUAAUAAUAAUAAUAAUAAUAAUAAUAAUAAUAAUAAUAAUAAUAAUAAUAAUAAUAAUAAUAAUAAUAAUAAUAAUAAUAAUAAUAAUAAUAAUAAUAAUAAUAAUAAUAAUGAUAUUAAUAAUAAUAAUAAUAAUAAUAAUAAUAUUAAUAAUAAUAUUAAUUUUAAAUUAAAUGAAGAACUAUAUAAUAAAAUAAUUAAAAUUGAAUCAAUUUCAAAUGAACUAUUUGAAUUUUUAUAUGGAAUAUCCAAUUUAACAAUGGUUGAAAUUUUACAUUUUGAAGAUAAUAAAAAAAAUAAACAAUUAUAUUUAAACAAAAAAUUAGAAUUAAAAAAAUAUGAAAAACCAAUCCAAGAAAUUUUAAAUAAUAUUGAAAUUUGUAAAGACUUCAUUGAUUCAAAUGAUGAAAAGUAUAAAUUAAUUAUGUUUUUAGAAAUUUCAAUUAUAAAAUCAAAAAUAGUUUAUUCACAUUUUAAUGAAAUUAAAGUAAAUUGGUUAAAUUACUUUAAAUUAAAAUAA